GUAACUUAAUUACAUAAUACACAUGAUUAUUUUCAUAUGGUAACCACCACGAGUUGUUAAAUAAACAUUUAGUUAGUCAAAGAUGUUUAAGAGGAGUAAGGAUCGUUACGAGAACGCUGAAAUUGAUAUACAAAUGGAACCACCGUUGCUUACUAAAUCCAAAUGCAGUCACAAACAACUAAAACGAUCAUCUAUUCUUGGCAUAUUUAGGAAUGCCCUAAAAUGUCAAGUGUGUCAUCGUUUUCGUUUCAAAAUCGCUAGAAAAUGUUUGGAUUGUAACAUCAUAAUCCAUAAAAAAUGUCUACCGUUGUUACCAUCAGUGUCGAAGGAGGAUAAAACAGCAAACUCCACCAAAUCAUUCUCGUCAAACACAGUUGUUACACUCUCAACGCUUGAUGACACGUACAAGGCGAGGAUGAAUCAAUUUGAUAGGUUUAAUGACGGAAACGUUUUGGACGAGGAAAGUUUUAACUCGGUGUUUCCAGAAAUUAUUAGUCAACACAUUGCAAAGCAAUGUAUGGGAAUGAAAGUGGUUUUAGAUCCAUUUUGUGGAGCAGGUAGAAAUGUUAUUCAACUUGCUAGAGUUUGCGAUUCAGUUAUAGCAAUCGAUAUCGACCCGGCGAAAAUUCAAUUAGCAAAAAAUAACGCGAAAGUUUAUAAUGUCUAUCAUAAAAUAACGUUCAUUGUCGACGACUUUUUUAAAAUUGCUCAACGACUAAAACCCGUAGAUUGUAUUGUAACAUCGCCGCCUUGGGGUGGUUCUAAUUACGAAAAUAGCCAAUCAAUUGGUGCAACCAAUAUUUUAAUCGAAAAAAUUUUGGAAUUAGGAAUGAAGGUGGCACCAAAGAUUUUAUUACACGUGCCGAAAAACCUAAACACAAACGAAUGCAUCUUGAUUGGAAAACGGCAUAGAGUAAGAACUUUCAAAGAAGAAAUUAUUACAAUUAACUGCGAUCAGAAUUCCAAAUUAUUGUAUUUCAAUAAAUUGAAAAGCGAUGGAAAUGAUCAUACAAAUUAUACAAUGGUAAAUUUCCAUCGAUAUUUCAAUAUUAAAAUAAAUGACGACUGUCGGCCAGUCAUCACAAAAAAUCCGAUAAAUGUGGUGGCUGAAGACGAAGUCGUAAAACCGAAUAAAACAGUAAACUCCGCCAAAUCAUUCUCGUCAAACACAGUUGUUACACUCUCAACGAUUGAUGACACGUACAAAUAUUGGAAAAUAAGAAGGACUCUAUUUGAUAAGUUUAACGACGGUAUCCUUUUGGACGAGGAAAGUUUUUACUCAGUGUGUCCAGAAGUUAUUUGUAAACAUAUCGCAGACCAAUGCAUAGGAAUGAAAGUGGUUUUAGACCCAUUUUGUGGAGCAGGUGGAAACAUUAUUCAACUUGCCAGGGUUUGCGAUUCGGUUAUAGCAAUCGAUAUCGACCCGGCGAAAAUUCAAUUAGCAAAGAACAACGCGAAAGUUUAUAAUGUCUAUCAUAAAAUAACGUUCAUUGUGGGCGACUUUUUUAAAAUUGCUCACCGACUACGACCCGUAGAUUGCAUUGUAACAUCGCCGCCUUGGGGUGGUCCUAUCUAUAAACAACAGCUAUUAUUUAGUCCUAAAAAUAUUUUAGUCGACAAAAUUUUGAAGUUGGGGAUAAAGCUGGCACCAAAGAUCUUAUUACACAUGCCGAAAAAUCUAAACACAACCGAAUGCAUUUGGAUUGGAAAAAAUUACAAAAUAAGGACCUACAAAGAAGAGACAAUAAAAAUUAACUACUAUCGUAAUUGCAAAUUACUGUAUUUCAAUUUACUAAAAGAUAAUGGAAAAAAGCAUACAAUUUACUCAAUCAAAAAUUUCAAGCAAUCUGUCCACUUUGAUACUUUUGACUCCAAAAAAGUUUACAGUAAUUACCUUAAAAAAGUUGGCUACGUUUUGGAUCGUUUCCAUAAAAACCAGCGUGAGAUGUGGAAUGGCAGUUAUUAUGCUUAA